UAUAUGGUAAAAUGAAGAGUGCAUUGAGUGUUAGGCCUGUUUCCAUGUAUGAAAAUGUUACGAAAGACAGUUUUGUAAAUUCUAUUUACCCAAAGCGUGAGCCAGCAUUACUUCGAGGUGUCGACAUCGGAGAAUGCACAUCAAAGUGGACAAGCGAAUACAUUUGCGAAAAAGUUGGAAACGUGGAUGUAAAAGUUCAUGUCAGUUCAAGUCCACUGAUGAACUUUGCAAGUAAAAACUUUCUUUAUAAAACAUUGCCUAUUUAUGAACUGGUGAAAAGAACUUCAGCUCCAACAUGUGACCAGGAAGAUUAUUUUCUUACACCUGGUGAAUUCUAUUAUUUAAGAUCGUUGGGAUUCGACAGGAGAAGUCGGGACAUUGCAGAUAUCAGGAAGCAGUUUCCACAUCUUGCCGACGACAUCAAAAUUCCAAAUUUCUUUAAUGAAAAUAGUUUUUUCUCAAGCGUAUUUCGCAUUGCAUCACCAGGAGUUCAGCUGUGGACCCAUUAUGAUGUGAUGGACAAUUUAUUAAUUCAAGUAAAAGGGCGAAAAAGGGUGGCACUAUUCAGUCCAAAUGAUGCUUUGAACAUGUAUCUUAUAGGGGAUAAAUCACAGGUGUUAGACAUUGAUAAUCCAGACUGUAAACUUUAUCCGAAGUUCCUUUCUGCUCAGAGAUAUGAAUGUAUAAUGGAAGCUGGGGAUAUAAUAUUUAUCCCUGCAUUAUGGUUCCAUAAUGCUUUGGCACUGGACUUUGGAAUUUCUGUAAAUGUUUUCUGGAAGAAUUUGAAUAAUGAAUUGUAUGAUAAAAAUGAUCCAUAUGGGAACAAGGACCUUAUUCCAGCCAAUAGGGCCCUCCAAAUGGUUGAGAAUGCCACAAAACAUCUAGACACACUUCCGGAAGAUUACAAGAACUUCUAUAUUAAGAGAAUGAUUGCAAUUUUAGAAGCAAAAAUAUGAACUGACAAUCAUGAAGGACAGUUCUA